AUUCGAACGAUCACUCUCUCCCGUUGACAGCUUCCGAACUGACGUUUGUCGCUCUGGUUGCUUUGUUUAUCUGCGGAGAUGCUGCGAUUGUGCGUUGUUUCGUUCGCUGCUUUGAUCGUUUUAAAGUUUUUAGGACCUGCUAACGGAGGAUUACCACUGGUGGCAACUACUUGGCGCUUCACAAAUGCUACCCUGAGAGCAUACCAAUCGCUAACCGUGGGUCAGUUUGAUCCGAUUGAAGCACUGGUUGAAGGAUGCAGUGUUUGUGAGCGGGAACAGUGCGAUGGAACGGUUGGAUUCGGUGGUAGUCCGGAUGAGAAUGGGGAAACGACACUGGACGCUAUGCUGAUGGAUGGUACGACGAUGGACAUUGGUGCCGUUGCGGCAUUGCGCGAUGUGAAGCAUGCGGCCGAAGUGGCUAAGUAUGUGUUGCGGAACACCAAACACACGCUGCUGGUUGGCAGCCAGGCUACGGAGUUCGCUCUUAUGAUGGGUUUCAAAAAGGAGUCACUACAAACGGACGCAUCGAAGAGUAUGUGGAGUGCGUGGAAAAACAAUCACUGUCAGCCAAACUUUUGGAAGAAUGUUAUUCCCUCACCAGCGAUGUCUUGCGGUCCAUAUGAACCGGUGUCCGCCAACAGCAUCCAUCCUUCUUCGGACGCACUGUCGGAGAAUCCAUCAGAUCGAUCCGAUUUCUCCUUCGGUCGCUAUAACCACGACACAAUUAGUAUGAUCGUGAUCAACGAAGAAGGGCAUGUGGUCGCUGGUACGUCCACUAAUGGGGCACGCCAUAAGAUUCCCGGACGAGUUGGAGACUCUCCAAUCCCUGGAGCGGGAGCAUAUGCCGACUCCGAAGUUGGUGCAGCAGUGGCCACCGGCGAUGGCGAUGUAAUGAUGCGCUUUUUACCUUCACUGCUAGCUGUGGAGGCAAUGCGCGGUGGGCUAGGUCCAGCUGAGGCUGGUCAACAAGCCAUCGGAAGGAUUGCAAAGUAUUAUCCUUCGUUUGUCGGUGGAAUUGUAGUCGUGACAAAGGAUGGAGAGUAUGGAGCCGCCUGUCAUGGUAUGGAAGAGUUCCCGUACUCUAUAGCGGAUGGAACCGUUUCGGAUGGGGAUGUACAUGUGCUCACUGUCAAAUGUUGAACACAUUAAUGCAAAACAAAGGGUGAAAAACUGCAACAGGAAAUUAUCAUAAUUCACGAAUUCGAAAGGUUGUAGUAAUAAAAUCCCUUUUUUCCAAGCUCAGAACGAAUUCCAAGCAGCAAUUAAUCCAAUCAUAAUAAAAUCAGUUGUAAUCUAAUUUUUAAA